AUGUCAACGCAUCACCACGCUACGCUUGACGUCUCACUAUUUUCUCAAAGGUCAGACACGCUGGAGCACGUUCUCGAAGUCCUUAAAGGAUCAACGAUCGCAAAAGAACGUGGAAAGGAUGACAACUCAAAGUUUUGGGCGACAUACAAGAGAGUUUCGACUGAGUACGACAACGAUUUCCUCGAGCAGGCCGAUGACGACAUGGGCAUUAUUCUGACUUUUGCUGGUCUAUUCUCAGCUGUCAACUCUACCUUCCUCGUCGGGUCGCAGCCUAAUCCAGGAGACACUACCAAUGCCCUUCUCCUGUAUCUCAUCAAGGUAACUGUUGACGGCUCAAAUUCCGUACCUGACAUCAGCACUCUUUCCUCAUCUACGGGAUUUGUCCCUUCGACGGUCUGGAUGCAAUCGCUUUCCUACGCUAGCCUCGCAUUUAGCGUCUUGGCUGCGUUCGGAGCUGUCUUGGGAAAACAAUGG